AAACAGAGGGUUGGGGUAAAUAUAUAUUUGGCUCCAGAAGCCUAUGAAUGGUCAAUGAACACUACCAUAUGGCACAGUACUCCAAGUAGGAAUCAUGCAGGUUCUCAGACUUUUUAGCCAACUCUCUACACAUGUUGUAGAUGGAUCGAGCAGCUCUGCGUCAGGAGGGAGUGAGGUACCUACUGGAGGUAGUCAGACAGGACUCUCUCUUGCCGUCAGUUCAGUAUGCUGCUCUCUGUGGCUGGCUCGGCCUCACCUCCUCUGGACCCAGUGUUCUGAAGCUGCACUACCUGAAUGGGGUGGAGCAUCUCCCUCCCUCCCUCCGCACAUCUCUGGAGCUGGACCAACAGAAGGUCCAGCAGUGGGCGGUGGGGAGACUCAGGAGAGCUGUGUGGGAGAUUCAGCUGGCACUUCGCAGAGAGAAGACUCAGGCCAGGAAAAUGGAGGGUGAGAGAGAGAGGGAGCAGGGAGCUGGGGACGUCACUGGCUACACUGUUGGAUCGUUCUCUUCCUCGAGGUUCAUCAUAGCGGCCAUUGCCAUGUUGACUGGGGAACACGAGGCGGUGGAUCUCUCUCUUCUGCUGAAUGAGGGAGUGGUUGGUCUGGCUCAGACUGCACUGAGACUGGCAGCGUCUGUCUACAGAGAUGAAAGGCCGGAGGAUGAAGACGGAUCAGUGGUGGGUGCACCAGGAGACACCCAACAGUCACAGGUCUCAGGUCCAGAGGCCCUCUCUAGAAUGAAGGCCGGCACUCGAGUUGUGAGAGGCAAGGACUGGAAAUGGGGAGACCAGGAUGGUCCAGGUGAAGGUACAGUCAUCCGGGACCCAGGAGGGGACGGAUGGGUGAGGAUUCGCUGGGACAAUGGAGCAGUGAACUCUUACAGAAUGGGAGAGAACGAUCGCUACGACCUCACUCUCGCACCCUCUGAACUGCAGCCCAAUGCCAAGGAGAGAGAGACAAAGGACGAGCCAGAAGACGCCGACAUUAGCAUCUGUUUGUCAAAGCCACUACAGGCUCCAGACCUCCCCAGUCGACUAUUACUUGACUCUGUUGUGUGUCUAUUGCGAAGUGUGGUGGUUGGAAUGUCCAUGCACUGCCACUCUCUGAACUCCAGACACACUCGCUCAGUCUCCAGUCUGCUCCACCACCUUCUCCAGUCUGGAGCCAAGACUGGUAUAUACUGUCCUCAGUCCAUUCCAAGACAGAACUACUGUACUCACACACACACUCUCUCCUCCUCCUCCUCCUCCUCCUCCUCCUUUCCCUCUGUCUUUCUCCCUCUUCUCCUCCUCCUCCCUCCCUCCUGUCACCAGAUGAUCAGAUCCAAUCAAAGGUGACCUCCCUCCAAAAUGACUCGUGGGUCACCCUGGGUUUCCUCCGAGGGGUGGCCUCUCCUCCUCACUCCAGUGCAGUGUUCUGUACCCCUCAGUGGAUACAGCUGCUCCUGGGGCUCAUUGAGAAUGCCCUCCCCUCCGUUUCCCGGCCAAAAACAAUCUCCCUACCCUCUCGUGAAACAGGUGUUGACGCUCCGUCUCCUGAGGGCCAUCCUGCCCGCCUGGGAGGUUGGAAGAGACGAGACGCAACAGGAACAUCUUGUUGACCGUCUCUUUCGUCUUCUUGGGAGAGUCCUUGUUCUCUGUAGCUCUCCCUUCAUACAACCCUACCAGACUGAAAAGGGUCGUAAACACAAGAAGGUGAAGUUGCACGCCUCACUCACUGCCUCCUCAAGUAGCACCGUUGCCGAGGAGAUUGUCGUUCUCGUCCGCAGACUCCACCCACUGCGAGCGUGGAACUCUCUCAUCAACAGAUACAUCGGAGAACAUCUGAGGAAGAUACCUCACCUCAUUGUUGCAAUGCCAGACAACCAACCUACUCCUAAGAAAGAGAAUAAAGCUCUGCAAGCAGAUGUUGACACCUAUGGCCCGGUGCUUGCCAUCCUAACGUCUAUCGGUGGAUGGGAUACUCGCCCAAGACUGGGAGGUCUAGUGCACCACGAGGAGCUGGGGCCAGGGACGGUCGUCAAGAUUGAAACCAAGUCAAAGGUCGUGGUUUUGUUCCAUGGAAGAAAAGCCGUGAAGUCGUGCCAUAUUGGAGCCGUGAAAGCACUGCCUGUACUGGGUUUCCGUGUCGACCAGCUACCAAUGAGUGAGACAGUGAUGGGUGUGUGGACCAGCCUCGUUCGUCUCUCUGGACCGGGAGGCAGGGUGGCAGCUGCUGCCAUGGCAACUCCACCAUCCUCUGGGGCGUCAAACAUACAGUCUCUCACUUCCACCAGACCUGUCAUAAAGUUCCCUUCUGAUGGUUCAUCGUUGGACGUUCCGCUACUGAGACAGCAGCAGAUAAGACUGGGUCUCCUGAAGGCGGCCCACGUCCUCUUCAGCCAGCAGGAGAACCUGAGACAGAUCAUGUCGCGAACUGGCGACUCGGAGGACGGCGGCCAUUUCAGUCUCUUCCAGCAACUGCUCAGUGCCGCCACCAGACCGUCGCCUAUCAAGGCCAUGUUCACCAGAAAUGAACUUGAGGCUGCAGCUGUGUCUGUGUGCCAGUACCUGGCGUCUGAGGUGCACAAACCGUUGACUCCGCCCCAAACCACACCCACUCCCUCCUUGCCCAUUUCCGGCGGCAGUAAGUCGAAGCCAAAGAAAAACCACUCCUCUGGGGUGGCGCCGCCGUCUCAGCCGUCGACCAACAAAGCCACGGCUACCAGCAAAACCAGAGUGAAACCCGCCCCAGAACUGCCUCCCCCGAGUCCCCUCGUCUCUCAGAUAAUGGAGAUGGGUUUUCCCAGGCAUCAUAUUGAGAAGGCCAUCGAGGUCACCAGAGGAACAAGCAGUGCAGAGAGGCUCAUUGCAUGGCUCUUGGACCCCACCAAUCAGGAGUAUAUUCAGCAGGCGGACCAGAGCCAAUCAGGCGAGGCUUCUUCGACAGAGGCAGACUCCUCGGAGGCUGGCCGAGAAGAAGGUGGGGGUGAAGCAGGUAGGGGGAGGGACAAGAACAGGGAGAAGGGGAGGGAGGGAGGGAGGAGAGGAGGCAAGGGGAUCUCCUCCAGCGAGUCUUCUGAUGUCUCCGAUGACGACAUCGAAGUCCCUGACGAACUCCUUGUACCUGAACCAGGUCAAAAACCGUACAAGACGGCGAAGGAUUUUGGGUCGGCUGAAGACUAUGCUCGUUACGUGAGGGACAAUGUGAGGGUUGGGAUGUUGGUCAAGUGUAAAGAUGACUAUGAGGAAGUGAAGAGCGGCGACAUCGGCAGAGUCACCAAGCUGGACAACGACGGUCUGAAUGAUCUGAACAUCCAGUGCAUGUGGCAGGGCAAAGGAGUGCCCUACUGGGUCCGCUUUGCCAACGUGGAGAUCCUGGGCAACGCACACUCCCCCACCGCUCCCUCCGAACCUUUCAAACCGGGGGACAAGGUCCGAGUGAAGAGAAGUGUCCACACACCCAAGUACAAGUGGGGCUCCAUAAGCCACCAGAGUGUCGGAGUGGUGCAGACGCUGAACCGGAACGGCAUCGACGUGACGGUCAAUUUCCCCGAGCAGGCCAACUGGACGGGAGUCAUCUCUGAGAUGGAACUUGUCCCUGGGAGCCAUCCUCGACACAGUUGCAGUGGGUGUAAGAUAUCUCCAAUUGACGGCCCUCGCUACCACUGUCAGGUCUGCAGCGACUUUGAUUUCUGUCAGAGCUGUUUUGACAAGGGCCAGUCGCACAACCACGUCUUCGAGAGAAUUGACGACCAGGGCCAACCUGCUGUCUACGUCGGCUCUCCUCACUCCAGAAGAAAAGCCCUCAGACGCCACCGCAAGAAGGCGAUGAGAGGAGGCUCUGUGGUCAUGGACUGGGAUCAGAUCGUCAAACACCUCACCAUCUCGAGCAACGAGAGCCAGGCCUAUCGUCUCAUCGAUUCCUCCCACAGCACCUUCUGGCAGUCCAGCGGACCACAGGGGAAG